AUGGAACCACUACCUCCUUAUUUCUCUAGAGCUAAACCUCCAUGUCGUCUUUCCGAUCCGGCUCAGCCCCACAUGCUUUGCCGACGGCGACGGCCAUCUCAUCCUCCACUUUCUAUCUGCUUUUCUUGCAAAGGCAAGCAAUUAAAGCGCAAUAAUUAUUAUUAUUACUGUGCUACUUGCAAUUUGGAAUUCCAUAGAGGCUGUCACAUCUUUCUGCCGGAGAUAAGACAUCCUUUUCAUCCUUCUCACCCCCUCACCUUCAUCUCCUUAUUACUUCCUAAAUUUGAUGUUACUAAGAUACCCAAAAAUUGGAUGGACAGCUCCUCUUCAUCAGACGAAUCUGAAGACGAUGAUGACGACGAAAAAUCGAUAAAGGAAGAAUGUGAAGACGAUGGUGAUGAUGAUGAUGGCGACAGUUCUGAUUCUGAUGAUGACGACAACAAUUUUGAUGCUAAUAAUGAUGGUGCCUCUUUAUCCGAUGGAAAUCACUUGAAAUGCAAAUGUUGUCAGGUUCCUUUAGAAAAGAUAUAUUAUCAUUGUUCUAUCUGCAAGUUCAAUCUUAACGUGGAAUGCUCGAUGAGACCACCACCUACCACUAUCUCACACUUGAAAAGUCAUGAGCACAUCCUCACCCUUUUCCCUAUACGACUCCCUCUACCAUGUGGGGCGUGCGGCUUGUCUCUAAGUGACGCCGAAGAUCUUGUUUACGCUUGUCUCCCUUGCAACCUUUUGGUCCACAGAUCUUGUAUCUAUCUACCUCGUGUCAUUAAGAUCACCCGACACCCCCAUCGUCUCUCUCUCACUCCCUCCCUUCAACCUGGUGAUUUCUCUUGUGGAGUUUGUCGCCAAACAGUUGACGUCAACUACGGGCAAUACUCUUGUGAUAAGGAAUGUCAUUAUGCUGUCCAUUCAAAAUGUGCAACAAGGAAUGACGUGUGGGAUGGAAAAGAUCUUGAUGGAGUGCCUGAAGAACCCGAUGAGUUUAUCGAACCGCCAUUCCUGAAGAUUGAUGAGGAGACUAUUCAACAUUUCAGUCAUCACCAUCAUCUAAAGCUCCAUGAAAAGAAAACCAUUGGCGGGAAAGACAAGUUUUGUGAGGCAUGCACCCUUCCAGUAAUGAUCUCUCAGAGAUAUUAUGGUUGUAUGCAGUGUGAUUUUGUUCUUGAUGAAACAUGUGCUUCUCUUCCUCGCAAGAAAAACCACCCACUACAUAAACACCCGCUUAACCUUCACAUUUUGCCUCUUGGUGAGUCUGCCAUGAUCAAUAAAGGUGCUACUAGCAAAGACAUAUUCCAAUGUAUUGGUUGCGGCCGAAUUGGCUGUGGUUUCUUCUACAAAUGCGAUGAAAAAGAUUGUGAUGAGUUUCUCCUAGACGUCAGAUGUGCUUCCCUUCCAGAUCCUUUUGUUCAUGACUGUCAUCCCCAUGAUCAUCCUCUCUUCUUUAACUUGACCAAAGGUAAUUGCAUGGGGUGUGGUUCUGAUAACUGUUCAUCCUAUUUCUUGGAAUGUAUUAAAUGUAAGUCCUUUUUGGGAAUCAAGUGUGCUACUCUGCCUUGUGAGGCCCACUACAUACACGAUAGGCAUCCAAUCACUCUUUGUUACGGGGAAGAAGAUACUACAAGUGGCCAAUAUUGGUGUGAGAUAUGCGAAUUAAAAUUAGAUCCAAAGACAUGGUUUUAUUCUUGCGACUUCUGUAAGAUCACUCUCCAUGUCAACUGUUUACUGGGGGAAGAUAUCUAUCUGAAGCCCUGCCACAUUUUCAAAGUUGGUCUUUAUUAUAAGGAAGUUGAAAUUGCUCGGAAUGAUGGUAAUUCUCGGCUGUUUUGCUAUACAUGUGAACUUCGUUGUGGACAGACUUUGGUAUUCAAGUAUAUAGGUGGAUGCAAAAGCUUUUGUACUCUUCGAUGUAUUGGAAACUAUUUUGAUGCGAAAGAUGGGUGGGUUUAUGAUGCAGCGAGAAAUUUGAAUAUUUUCCGGAGGAUCUAGUUACAUCCCUAGAAGCUUCCGCUUCAUUGGUUGGUAUCAUCUUAACCAGAGCUUAAUUCUGUUUGUUCGUGAAUUGCUUAAUUGCUUAGAUCCUAUUGUAUUCGUUAUUGAAUUGCUU